AAAUGAGAUGGGUUAAUUUAUUUUAAGAUCUUCCUUGAGUUGAAAGAUUUGGAGGAAAUAAAUACAUGGUGUUGCCUAUUUUGGCCAUAAAUUGCAGUCAAUGUCAUACCAAGACAUAAACUAAUGCUACUUGCAUCAGUACAAAUGCAUACAUACAAACAAACAAAUGAUGCCCUUUUGGUGGCAUUUUCCUUCCCCCACUAUCUCUUCAUUUUCAAGAGCUGUGUUGAUAGGAAUAGUUAGUUCCUGAUGCCUUGUAUUCCUACCCCAACACCCCUUUUUCUGCUGAAAGAUAUGCAUGAUUGUUAGGGAAUUGUUGAAGAAUAUUAUUUUUUUUAUGAAUUUUUUUUAUAGCUUAUUAGGUCUCCCAUGACAUGUUUGAAAACAAGUUCAUGAAAAUGGGGAAGAUGUUGAGAAAAGGGCAGUUUUGAGUGAGUUGUUUGAAGAAUAUCCCCACUCAUCUCUUGUGGUUUUUCUCUCUUUGCAGUUUCUGAUUUUCAUGUAGUAAAACUUAUUUACGAGUGUCUGAAUCAAUCAUGGCAAGAAGAUCAUCAAGAAUUCAAGAAGUUGAUGAGAAAAAUGAAGUGAACUGCAUGUGGGGAUUGCUGAGCAUCCUCGAAUCAUGUCAAGGUCGUCCCAGUCAUAAGGUGAUCUCCAAUGGGAGAGCAGCCAACAGAAACAUCAUCGAUUACCCGAGACCACUUGACGCGAUUGCCUGCUUCGAUGAAGAAUGUCGAAAGAUUCAUAAUGGGGCAGGUCUGAGAAGUAGUGUUGGAGUUGAAGGUAAAGGCAGAGGUGCGAGGGGCUGCAUUGGAGGCGAAAUGCCCGUUGAGCAGCACACAAGGAAACGAGACGUAGUUAAGAGGCAGCAACAUGCUAAAAUGGAUGGUGAACUUGUUGAUCAAGUGACAAAAAGUCACAGGAAAACGAGGAAAAGCAGCCAAGGCGUCUAUCAGUCGUCUUCUCCCUGUUGUUCGAGUAAUGCAGCUAGGUUGAUGAAUGAGCUGCCUUCAACUUCAGCUGAGAAAUCUCUGAACAAGCUCACUCUUGCUGCGAUUUUAGGGGCCGUCUAUUCUCAGAAUCAUCAGCAAGAGAUUAAGCUCUCUGAAUACUUACAAAGAAGUAGAUUUCUUGGAAAGUAUGAUGAGGUUGAUGAAAUAAACAUUCAGCAUGUUCAGAUGAGGGCCAAGGCUUUUCUUGAUCAAACGUAUAUCAACAGAAGGUUCGUUCUGGGAGAAGGGAGGAGCUCUGAGUCCAAAUCUUUCUCCAACGCACUGGAAGUGCUGAGCUCGAAAAGGGACCUAUUUAUGGAGCUCCUGCCAGAUCCCGACUCGUUGCUAGCAAGGCGGUCGAAGAGGAUAGCUGAGAAAGAUACAAUCAAGUCAGUACUAAGUGGCAAUGUAUCAGAAUAUGAGGCAAUGGAUGAGGCAAACUCGAACAAUAAUCUAUGGCAGAAGAUCGAAUAUCAGCUCAAGUACUCCUCAAGAACAAAUUUCACAGCCCAGCCUUCAGAUAAGAUAGUGAUACUGAAGCCAGCUCCCCAAAUUGGAAAGCAUUCGGGGAACUUGACCUGCAGCUGCUCGUCGUUGCAGCUUCCUCACAAAUCGAACAGAAGAGUAUCCGAAGAGAAAACUGCAUCCUUCUCUUUCAGAGAGAUCAAGAAGAAACUGAAACAUAGAUUUGGAGUCACCAAAAAGGAACCAAGCUGCAAUUCUUCAUCCAAUGCUGACAAGGAAGGAGAGGUGUUGAGGAAAAAAGAGCUAAAAUCCAGCAGGGGUUCUGACAUUGCUCGUGUGGCUGAUACCACUCGCAGGAAAUCAUACUUGUCAAGCGCUAGAUCUUCUAACAAAGAGGAAUGUGAUGUAGUUUUGGAGGCAAAGAGGCACCUCUCCAAGAGAUUGAAUAAUGUGAACUCUGUGGAGGCGGUGAUGAGUAAAAAACACCCGAGGACCCUGGAGCGGAUCCUUUCCUCACCCGAGCACGACUUCUGGCCCUUCAGCCCGAGAAGGGACAGCCUAUAUUGCCCCGGCUCUGCAGAGAUGAGAUUUAGCCCGUACAGCACCUCGCCCAGAGCCUUUGAAAGUGCUUCUCAUGCACGAAACGAGCUGAGAUCCGACACGGAAGUUGCAUCGUUGCAGACAGUUGAUGCAAAGGCAUAUUCUCUGAUUCAAAGAAAUGAUAUUUCUACUGCAGAAAAAAUGAGAAAUGAUGAUGAAUCAAAGAGUGCAGAAAUGGAGAGGUUCCUACAAACUGAAUCACAUGUUUCAGGACAAGUGCUGAGUGAAACAACCACCAAGCCUUUAGAGGCAGUCGAAACACAGAAAUGGGAUUGUAUUGCUUCAGUAGCAGAAAAUGAGGCUGUUACAUCUACACUGCAUGAUUUCCCAUCCACUUGUUCAAACAAUCAAGAAGAGCAUCAAAGCCCAGUUUCCGUCCUUGAGCCAUUCUUCGUAGAAGACGCCAACAGUCCACCAACAAUCACACUUCAAACUGGUCAAUUCUCAGGUAGGAAGCAACUGCAACCACGUCGCCUUGACUUUGAAGACUGCUCAUUCGAGUCAUCCCCUCCGCCCAGCGCACCUUCCAGCAGGGACGAAGAGCUCUGCCAAUACGUCCACUCCGUGAUGGAAGCUUCCUCCUUAGAUUGGGAUCACCUCUCAGAAAUCAGAUCCCCACCCCAAGAGCUGCUUCAUGAAUCCUUAUUCGAUGAAGUUGAGCUUCCACCCCUCGAUUGCUACUACGACCCUAAGCUUCUAUUCGACCAUAUAAACGAAGUGCUGCUACAGAUAUACAAAUGCCACUUCUGCUCUCCUCCUUGGCUAGCUUCUGCCACGCCCAAAACAACCAGGUCCGCGCCACUGGCUGAAGUAGUGCUCGAUGAGAUACUAGCAGAGGCUGACUAUUUUCUACUCCCCACCACCGAGAGAAGGAGUUUGGACGAGCUCGUCUCGAAAGAUGCCAAAUGUGGAUCCUGGCUUGAUGUUCGAGUUGAUACAGAACAUGUUGUCUUUCAAGUUUCAGAAGCUGUCUUGGAGGAAUCCUUACUUGAUACACUACUUGAGCUUCAUGCAUCACAACUCCGAUUUCUUCAUAGUUUCUGCUUUUAAGUUGACUGUGAACCAGCAUGUUAUAGUGAAUUCUUUGUUUUACCAAUCUUGAUAGGUAGUGGAAGAGGGAUGGUUUUAGCUUGGUUAAUACUUAAUAGGAAUAUACAGAUAUAUGGGGGAUCUAUUCUAUAGUAGUGGAACCAGAAAAAAUAAAUAUUUGAGGAUUUUAUUCUUA